CAGCCCCAAAGCGUGUGGGGGGAAGGAGGCUGGUCAGUCGCCGGCGGGGGCGUGGGAGGCUACCAGGAGCCCGGCCGGGCGGAGUGACGAGCAGCUGAGAGGAGCAGGAAGGCGGUCCCGGGAAUCCAAGCCUGCUCGAGGGGGUGUUCUCCUCUUUCAGUGUUCGCUCAUGCUUCUGAGGGCUGCUCCUGAGCCCACUGCUCAGCCCCGGAACCCGAUUCCGUGCCAAGGUCAGGACCACGUAACGUAGUUAUGAGGCCACCACGCCUGAACGUGCACGGAGUUGCCCCUCGCUCACUGAGGAGUUACCGCCGCCCAGCUCCCUGUUACGGGGAUUAGGAGAUGAGAGCCGCACUUGAGUUUACUGCUGCCGAAUGCAUGCUGAAAACGGGAAUGUAGGUCGACACGAACUCCCUGAUAAAUGUAUCUGCCUGAUCCCUGUAUUGGCUACAUCCACAUCCUUAACUUGUGAGGGCCGUGUGGGUGCAGUGUUCUCCUACCGCCUGCCAUGGCAAUGAGGGAGCUGGUAGAGCCAGAGUGUGGCGGCGCCAAUCCUUUGAUGAAGCUGGCCAGCCACUUCACUCAGGACAAGGGCCUGCAGCAGGAGGGCCUCCCGGGGGCCCUGGCUUGGCCUCCCACUGCUCCGGUGCCUGAGGGGGUGUCCAAACCUCUUGGAAGAGCCUCUGAAGAUGAACUGCUGGCAGAGUUCCUACAAGAGCAGAGUGGCCCCCUGCUGUCGCGUGCCCCACAGACGUUCAAGAUGGAUGAUCUGUUGGCUGAGAUGCAGGAAAUUGAGCAAUCCAGCUUCCGACAGGCCCCGCAGAGAGCUCCAGGGGUGGCUGCGCUGGCCAUGUCCGAGAACUGGACACAGGAGUUCCUUGAUGCUGCUGAUCGGACGGAUGAUGUUCCAGCAGAUUACAGUGAAGCUGAUUGGUCCCAGGAGUUCAUUGCAGAGGUUGCAGAUCCAUUGUCUGUGUCUCCUGCCAAGUGGGCAGAAGAAUAUUUGGAACAGUCAGAGGAAAAGUUGUGGCUGGGUGAAUCAGAAGAUCAAGCACUGGCAGAUAAAUGGUAUGAAGAAUACCAGCCUGAAGAUGAACUGAAGAAAACUGCCAAUGAUUUUCUUGCAAAAGUGGAUGACCCCAAACUGAAUGACUCUGAGUUCCUAAAGUUUGUCCGCCAGAUUGGAGAUGGGAGGGUGUCCAUCGAGGCAAAUCGGGUGACCAUUACCCCCAGAGACCAGGAUCAGGCAGAGCAAUGGGCAACUGAGUAUAUACAGCAGCAGAACACAUCCGAAGCCUGGGUAGAUCAGUUUGCGCACUCUGGGGACACUCAGGGCCUGGAUCCAGAGUUUGAGCAGGCCAAGACUGCUGUAGAGUCAGAUGUGGAUUUCUGGGACAAGCUGCAGGCUGAGUGGGAGGAGAUGGCCAAGCGAGACGCAGAGGCCCAUCCGUGGCUAACGGACUACGAGGAUCUUGCUAGCUCCACUUACGACAAGGGAUACAUCUUUGAAGAAGACAACCCUGUGCGGGGUCACCCCCAUGCCUUUGAAGAAGGGCUGAAAUGCCUGAAGGAGGGCGACCUCCCCAAUGCAGUCCUCUUCUUUGAGGCUGCUGUGCAGCAGAACCCUAAGCACAUGGAGGCCUGGCAGUACCUGGGAACCACCCAAGCGGAGAACGAACAGGAGCUGGCAGCGAUCAGCGCGCUCAGGCGGUGCCUGGACUUGCAGCCGGGAAACCUCACUGCCCUCAUGGCUCUGGCGGUCAGUUUCACCAACGAGUCACUGCAGAAGCAGGCGUGCGAAACCUUGCGCGACUGGUUGCGGCACGCCCCGGCCUAUGCUCACCUGGUGAGGAAGGAGGCUGAUGGAGACAGCCCCGGCCUUGGGCCCUCCAAGCGCGUUCUGGGCUCCCUGUUAACUGACUCGCUCUUUCUUGAAGUGAAGGAGCUGUUCUUGGCGGCGGUGCACAGCAACACCUCUGCCGUGGACCCGGACGUGCAGUGCGGCCUGGGCGUGCUCUUCAACCUGAGCGGGGAAUACGAGAAGGCGGUGGAUUGCUUCACUGCCGCGCUGAGCGCGCACCCAAACGAUCAUCUCCUCUGGAACAAGCUAGGAGCCACCUUGGCCAAUGGAAGCAGGAGUGAAGAAGCUGUGGCAGCUUACAGGCGGGCACUGGAACUGCAGCCAGGCUACAUCCGCUCCCGCUACAACCUGGGCAUCAGCUGUAUCAACCUAGGGGCCCAUAGAGAGGCUGUGGAGCACUUCCUAGAGGCCCUGUACAUGCAGCAGAAGAGCCGGGGCCCCCGUGGCCAGCAGGGUGCCAUGUCCGACAACAUCUGGAGCACCCUCCGUAUGGCGCUUUCCAUGCUGGGCCAGAGCGAGCUCUACGAGGCGGCUGAUGCACGGGACCUCCCGACCCUGCUGCAGGCCUUUGGCAUCCAGCAGUGACUCCUGGACGGGCUCCCCUGCGAGUGCAGGACGGGCCCUCUCCAGCACCGAUCUCUCCUUUCUCCUGCCCACCAACACACACGCGUCUCAGUGCAGCAGCCUCCUCUGCCCUCCCCUCAGAUUGCCCCAGAAAGGUAAACACACACACAUUUCCACUUCCUCUUCAGUCUGGGGCACAGCACUCACCCACAUCUUGUGUUGGGCCUACUGCUCCAGCGUUAACUUCCAGUAACUUCUGGUACACCCAGGAAAAGCGCACCUUCCAUCCUUAGAUUUAUGGGCUAUGUGGGGACACACAUCCUUUCCUCUGUACUAAUGUUCAUGGGGGGAAACUGCUGCUAUUGUGCCAUGCUGAAAAAUUCUUCUACACAUGUAAGGUACAAGGGGAAAAAAACCUAUGGGCCUGAAGGGAAACUAGACCUAUGCGCUAAAAUGGCAGUCUGCGUAGUGGUGUUUUUGGUACGUCAGUAUGCAUGAUAGUUCUAUUUAAAGGGUCCUUUUCGAAGAGUUUGGAUCAUGAUGUGAAAUUUUGGAGUUUUGCUUUCAAAGGUGCUACUGCCAUUAAAGGUACCAUGCAAUGUGACUGAAAAUAUCUCACUGAGCAUCAGCAUAGCAUAUACACUACAGAGUUUGUUUCACUACUCCUAGAGGUGGGAGAAAGAGGCACUUUCCUGCUUGAUUCCUGUUCAAGUAAGAAUAUUUCUGGGUUGGGGGCAGAAGCGGGAUUGAACUGAAACACCUCAACAGUGCAGGGCAGGACCUAUGUCUUAAUUACCCUUCUGCCAUUAGUUCUUGUAAAAUACAAGGGGACUGGUUAUCUCUGUGCAUAUAAUUCUCCCCCUUCUGUGUAAUUGGCUCUUCAAGUAUCUGUAUAUGAUUUUUUUUUGGUUGGGGAAAAAGUUUUUAAAUUGUAAAGUAUUUUGUAUAAUAGAAGCUAAAAGAAUUAAAGCUGCCAAAUUAA